CCGGAGUUGAGUGACAAGGUAGGGACACGCGGCAGGAAGAGGAGGGCUCCCAACACUCGAAGCAGUCUAUUGCUGCAACCGAGAUAAUCAUGGGGUUGUUAUUCACGUUGAGUGUGCUAGCGGCUAUCAUCUUCGUACUCAGACGCGUCUACCUGAAGAUAACCCAAGUGCCACCCAUACCAGUUCUGCCUGACACCUGGUGGGGCCCAGGAGAACGAAGAGAAGUCGACGAGUCGAUCAGACCUUUCAAAAUUGAAGUCUCCGAACAGGGACUGGAAGACCUGAGACAACGCCUGAAGAGGACCCCCGAGCUCACGCCGCCCUUGGAAGGUGUCGGGUUCGAGUACGGCUUCAACUCCAACUACCUGCACGAGGUGGUCCAGUACUGGCUCGACAAGUACGACUGGCGGCAGAGGGAGUCGUUCCUCAACAGCCUCCCGCAGUUCAAGACGCGCGUGGAUGGGCUCGACCUGCACUUCAUACACGUGAAGCCCAGAGACGUGCCGGCGAGCACACCUGUGCUACCGCUACUGCUGCUGCACGGCUGGCCGGGCUCCGUCAGGGAGUUCUACGGGCUCAUUCCCCUGCUGACGACCCCUCGUGCUGGGGCGGACUUUGUGUUCGAGGUGGUGGCGUCCUCUCUGCCGGGAUACGGGUUCUCGCAGGGCGCCUCCAAGCGAGGUCUGGGGCCCGCCCAGAUAGGGGUCGUCAUGAAGAAGCUCAUGAGCAAGCUGGGCUUCGACAAGUUCUACGUCCAGGGAGGAGACUGGGGCAGCGUCAUAGCCACCAGCAUGGGGAUAGUCUGCAAAGAAAAUCUUCUAGGAAUGCACUUGAACAUGUGCAACUCAGGAAUGACCGUCAGCACUCUCAAGUGGAUACUCGGCAGUCUCUGGCCCACGCUGAUAGUGGAGGAGGAACUCAAACACAAGCUGUAUCCCAUCAGCAAGUGGCUGGCUUACUUCAUCAAAGAGUUCGGCUACAUGCAUCUCCAGGCAACCAAGCCAGACACAGUCUCCGUGGCCCUGAGGGACUCCCCGGCUGGUCUCGCCGCCUACAUCCUGGAGAAGUUCUCCAUGUGGACCAAUCCUGAGUGGGAGUCGCGGACAGAUGGAGGACUCACAGUCAAGUACCGGCUGGACGACCUGCUGGACAACAUCAUGAUCUACUGGAUCUCCGGCUCCAUCACCACCUCCGUCAGGCUCUACAGCGAGGCCCUCUGCAGAGAGUACCGCGCCCUCAAUUUGGAAAAGAUCCCAGUGGAGGUGCCGAUGGCGUGCGCGCUCUUCCCCAACGAGAUCGUGUUCAGACCCGAGUCCCUGUGCAAGGAGUACCUGAACAUGGUCCAGUGCAGCCGCAUGCCCCGCGGCGGGCACUUCGCGGCCCUCGAGGAGCCUCUGCUGCUGGCCGACGACGUGUGGUCCGCCGUGCACCGCAUGCGGCGAGACGUCGCGUGAUGCCUCGCGCGCUGCCGACCAGACGACUACUGUUUCAAACCAGGAGAUACUCGUCUUGCCUUUGAAGAUUGGUAGCAGUGCCAAUGUAUAUAUCACAAAAAUAUAAUUGUGUUUUCGGUUGCUUAACAUAAAUGUACGAAAUAGCAAUUAACUGUGUAGUUAUGCCACAAUAUCAAGGAAUUCUUUCAAAAACAUUUUAUUUUAUGAAAUGUUUUAAUUAACAACUGUGUAAAUUUUAAUUA